GCCGCAAACAAAAAGUGUGUGUCGGUGUGCCAGUCAGCCAGAGCAUCGGGCCCCAUCUGCACGGCUCCCUCUCUCUCUCCCUCUCCCUCCUCUUCUGUUCUGUCUGUCUCUCUUUAUCACUCCAGCUCUCUCUACCCUGCUCGUUCACUGCCAGUGUCGGCGACUAUCUGCAGUAGCAGCAGCGGCAGCGGCACUGUCACUUUCAUGCACCAGGGGGAAAUGUACUGAUACUACGGAGCAGACCGGGAGCGCAUCACCAUCCACAUCAUCUCCAUCAGCGUCAUCCCCUCCGUUUGUUUUCGGGGCUUUCUUUUUUUAUUUUCCCGCCCCGGGGGUUGCGCGCAGGUUUGGAUUCACAGCGUCGCUCUCAAAUCGUUACUGGAUUAUUGUUCCUCCUCAUCGACGGAAAGUGUGAAAUGGAGGAGUCCAGCUCUCAGAAGUUGGUGUGGGAUGGGGACGCCAAAGCGGUGCAGCAGUGUCUGACGGACAUAUUUACAAGCGUCUACACGACGUGCGACAUCCCAGAAAACGCCAUUUUCGGGCCUUGCGUGUUGAGCCACACGUCGCUGUAUGACAGCAUCGCCUUCAUAGCUCUGAAAUCCACCGACAAACGCACAGCACCUUACAUCUUCAGGGUGGACACCUCGGCAGCAAACAGUACCUCAGAGGGCUUGAUGUGGCUGAGGCUAGUCCAGUCGGCCCGGGACAAGGAGGAGCAGAACCUGGAGGCCUACGUGAAGAACGGCCAGCUCUUCUACCGCUCGCUCCGCCGGAUUGAGAAGGACGAGGAGCUGCUGGUCUGGUACGGCAAAGACCUCAUUGACCUGCUGCUGCUUAGUUCCAGCAGAGCGCCUGUCAAGAGCAAAGGUUCGUCCCACCACUCCUGUCCGGACUGCAGUCAGCGGUUCCAGUUCGAGUUCCCGUUCUUGGCCCAUCUCCGAUUCCGUUGCACCAAGAGACUGCAGAGUAUCACAGGGGCCGACGAGGAGCCCAGCAAAGAGGGCAGUGCAGAGCGACCAAACACAACCCCGACCCGGAGCAGCCCGAAGCUGGGCCGCUCCGACGGCUUUGGCAGCCCUCAGGACGGCAACAAACCCUCCACAGACUUUCAUAAUCUGGCCAGGGAUCUAGAGAAUAACCGGACCAGUCCGCCGAGCGACAAGGAGGCCGAGAUCUGCAGCGAGAGCUCUGGGAAGAGGAAGUUCUCUGAUAUAGAGGACAGGGAGUGCCGAGCGCCCAGCCUUCCGCAGUCCAAGACUAAAGAUGAGCUAGCAACCUCUGCGCAAAACUACAGAGGAGUGUACGGCCUAGAGGACAACCGCAGGUCCUUCUCCCCACCAAGUUCUACCGAGCAUGGGGACGUCAAACGCAGCGCCUUCACCGAGGUCAAGAAGACGUCCCAGAACCUCAAGCACCACAGCGGCAGCAAAAACCUCCAAAGCUCCAACUCCGAAAACAAAGAUGGAGGUCGUCCCAGUAGCAACCCUUCAGAGAAGCAUCUAAACAUCAGACAGGUGCUGUCGGAGACCCAGCCACCCCAAAGUUCGCCCAUGGGCAGCGCUUUCACCUCCGUGAGCCAGCAAGGCAGCGGCAGUGGUGGUGAACGGAAGAGUGCCUUCAGCCAGCCGUCGCGCUCCUUCUCCCAGAUCUCGCCACUGGUGAUGCCGCCCAAGCUGCUGGACUGCCACCCAGCAGUGGGCGACACCAUCUCCUCCAACAGACUCUAUCAGGCCGACCACCUUGCGGCCAAGCUGCAGGGCGCGGAGUUGGGCGCCAACUGCCCCGUGCCAGGCGGCAUGGCCAAACAGAACCCCUUCGUCUACGCCACUGCCUUCUGGCCCAAGAACUCCGGACCUAUCCAGCUUCAGAUGCCCUCAGCCCUCACCCUUCUGCCGCCCUCCUUCACCUCCCUCUGUCUGCCGGCGCAGAACUGGUGCGCCAAGUGCAACGCCUCCUUCCGAAUGACCUCGGACUUGGUUUACCACAUGCGAUCCCACCACAAAAAGGAGUACGCCAUGGAGCCUCUGGUCAAGCGGCGGCGAGAGGAGAAACUCAAGUGCCCCAUAUGCAACGAGUCCUUCCGGGAGCGGCACCACCUGUCACGUCACAUGACCUCCCACAACUGACUUUUAAAGACAAACAAGGGAGGGACUUUCGUUUGACAAGUAGGGACUAUGAACCUGCCUGGAUUUUAACUCUCCGAUUGGAGAUAGGUCACAUAGAAACACAACAAUACCCCUUGCACUCGUUUUCACUUUGGACUAUGAACUUUGAAUUCCUUCCGGUUUACUUUUUCUCCCCUGUACAAAAUGUCAUGUUUUGGCUGUAUGCAAAUGCAUUUUGACUUGGAAAAUUAAUCUAUUUAUGAAGCACUUAAAAGUUUGAGAAUAAGGGAAGAUUUAAAUAUGUGUAAAUGUACAGUAAGUUGUAUUUUAUAUCAUAUAAAUGCAAAUAUAGAGAAGAAUUACUGAUGUAGUCACGCGUCAUGGUUUACAACACAGCAAGUUUUUUCAUGUCUACGACGAGGACGGACACAAAUUGGGGGAAAUUAUGUCAGACUAUAUUUUAGAGUGCAUGUAAUAUGAAAUGAUAUUGAUUUAAGAUGCAGUCUAUACAUCACAGUGUACAUAACUUGUUUUAUUUGAAAUACAAAGUGUAAUAUUUUGUGUCAGUGGGGAAUAGUUUCAGUGUUUCUUCCUUUUGCGAAAAUUUACUACUUGAUAGUUUAUCUAAUCAUGUUGAAUGCAUUGACAAUAAAAUAGCUUUAUUUUCAA